AUGUCAGGACAUAAGCCCAAAGAAGCAGCCCAGAAAAUCAAUAAGGUCCUGAAUGAGUUCGGUAGAUCUCCUCUACAUGGCACAGUGCUUGCCGACCCAAAUUCACUAAAUGCCAGCCCUGAGAUAGUGUUGGCAAUGGUUUUGGACGCCGUGAUCAAAGCACGGCCCAUCUCUCACGAAUUGACGCAGAAAACGCUCAGAAAGCUAAUCGAGGCCGACUACCAUGAGAUCGACGUACUUUCUAAGAGCACGUGGCAAGAUCGCACAGUGGUUUUGCAAGAAGGGGGUUACAAUCGGUUUCGAGAACAGUGUGCUACCAAUCUCGGUGAGCUCGCAAAGCUGGUUGUUGAGAGAUACGAUGGGGACUUGAACAAUCUCCUCAAGCUGGCAGAUGGCAAAAUCCACAAAGCUAGAAUAUUGAUGAAGGAGGUCCGGGGGAUGGGUGACGUCGCAGUAGAGGUAUUUUUCAACAAUGUUCAAAGCGUAUGGCCAAGUAUUGCUCCUUGUCUUGAUUCACGGCACAUGAAGAUCGCAGAUGAGAUCGGGAUUGGAACUGAUUUGGAUGAAAUAUACAACACGCUAAAGCAGGACCCGAUGCGCAUGAGUCAGUUCGCCAAUGGUCUCUCUGAGGUUCGACUGGAAAAAAGGCAGGGAGUAAUUGAGGAACUUUGA